CAGGAGAGUGUAUUCAACAAACUCUAUUGAGAAAUAUUGUUAUUGUUUAUUUUGUAUUUUAUUGAACAUGUCUUUUGUGUUUUUUAACGAAUAUUGAGAAAAAAGGACAUUGCAUUGGUUUCAGAAACCAGAAGUGUUGUCAUGCCAUGAAUCAUGUUUAUUUUCUGCAAUGAGCUGGUGUUGGGAAGUUUUUAUUGAUCCAAAGAGCACAUGUUGCAUUGGGACUAUCGAAUUUUGACAAAAAUGAAAUAAUGGCAAAGAAUAUUCUGCGGUGAUAUCGAUGCAUUACAAUGCUGCAGUCAACAGGGAUAGCGCUUAUUCUGGGGUUCUGGUCUUCACUGUAUUUAUUGGAUGCUUAUUUAAAGACUCACAAGAUAUAUGGUAGGCAGUACAUAAAGUUCCUAGACAGGACAGGAUUCAGUGUGUCAAUAUGUCAGUUUCGCUGGUACUCCACGAUCUUUAACAGGAGCUUUGUGAGGAUUGGUCAGUGGAGGCCCCGCCUUCUGCGACUCUGGUUCACUGUCGGUGUCUACUUCGGUCUGGUUGCCAUGUUGCUCUCCAUCUGUCUCCUUACACUUCUCGUCAUUAACACGCUCCGAAAACAACCAGUGGAACAACAAGUCCUCACACCAGUGAUGCCAGGAGUGAAUCUCCCAGCCAGCCAGCUGUGGUACUACCUGCUGACAUUGCUUGUUUGCGGAAUCCUCCAUGAAAUGGGACAUGCAGUGGCCGCUGUCAGGGAGAAUGUACGAGUGAAUGGAUUUGGCCUGUUUCUGUUGAUCCUGUACCCCGGAGCUUACGUCGAUCUAUCCACAGAACACCUUCAGAUUGUCUCCCCAUUACGACAGCUCAGGAUUUACUGCGCUGGAGUCUGGCACAACUUUGUCAUCGUCAUCUUCGCCUUAGUUGUCAUCUUCCUACUUCCCAUCAUCCUCGUUCCAUUCUACUCCACGGGGAGUGCCGUUGUCAUCACACAGGUUUCUGAGAAUUCUGCGGUGUCAGGGCCCCGGGGCCUGGCGGUGGGAGACCCAGUGACCAGUAUCAGUGGUUGUAGAGUGACGGACAUCGAUGACUGGCACACCUGUGUAUCUCACAGUAUCAAGGAGGAGUCGAUGGGUCACUGCAUGUCCAGGGAAAAGAUCGCAGAAAUGGACACCACUCCUAAAAAUCUAUCAGAUUCCGACAAAGCCAUUGACUGUUGUAAUAGCACUAGUAGUACACAUCUGUGUUUCAAGUACCACAUCAAAAGCAAGUUCAAGGAUGAAACUGUGUCUUAUUUCAAGGACACUUUGUCAUGCUGGAGAGAGGAGGCUUACUAUGCGAUAUACGCAUGUCUUCCUGCGAGGACGACCACUGAUCGGCCUAUGUGUAAGUACCAGAGUGAUUGCUACAUUCCUAAGGCAGACAUGGUGUGUGUUUACCCUGCCCUGGACAAUGUCACAAAGCUUCUACAGGUGUUCCACGGCAGGAAACCUCCUCUGCUGUUCCUGGGACACCCCCUGGAUCUACAUUACUCAGUGAUGCUGAGUAAUUAUAUUCCAAAAUCCUCCAUUAUUCCUCUCAAUCUACCUUAUGUGUUAGAGACAUUCAGCAAAUAUCUGAUAUCCCUGUCUGGGGCCUUGGUCAUCCUAAAUGUGGUGCCAUGCUACGCCUUGGAUGGACAGUGGAUCUGCCACGCCUUUAUCGAGCUAAGCUUGGCAUCGGUCAUUCCAGAACGCGAUAUGCGGGGACUCAUUUACUCUGUGAUAAUCCUAUGCGGGACUGCUCUACUCCUAAUCAAUGUGAUCAUAGCAAUGUGGAUGUUAUUCAUGUCGUGAUAAGAUCAUGAGUGACUGAACUUUUCUCUUGUUUUGUAGACAAAUGUGAGAUGUUUAGUUUGAUGUGUUGAAUGGAUGUUGUGAAAGCCAACUGACUGACCAUUGAAAUUAUCUGGGUGAAUCUGAAAAAUGUUAUUCUGAUUUCAUUUAAAUUGCAUGUCAUUAUUUCACGAUUGUGGAUAGAGAGUGCCGAAAUUGAAUGAGCAAUUUUCUGGGUGAUUGUUGCUGGGUGAUUGUGAAAGCAGUGUGUGGAUGAACACUUGUAAUUGAGUGAGUGGAUGACAAUGUGUUGGAUAAUUGUGUUAUUGAGUGAGUGGAUGGGCUGUGUGCUGGAUGAUUAUGUUAUUGGAUGAGCCGUUUGUUUGAUGAUUGUGUUAUUGAGUGAGUGGAUGGGCUGUGUGCUGGAUGAUUGUGUAAUUGAGUGAGUGGAUGACAAUGUGUUGGAUGAUUGUGUUAUUGAGUGAGUGGAUGGGAGUGUGCUGGAUGAUUGUGUCAAGCAUGGACAAUGCUAAGUAUAUGUACAAAAUUAUGGGUACCUGUUAAAUAACUGGAAAUGUAUUACUUGUGAUGUAUAAUUAAUAUGUUGAGGGUUAUUCAUGCCAAGUUGUAUUUACUCAAUGUUGACAUACAAAAUCAUUUCUUUAAGAAAAUUGGAAUUGCAACUUUUGAGUUCAGUGUUGAUUUUAUUUGCACAUAUAAAAUGUAUUUGUAAAUUUUUACAAUAGACUACUGCAGUUUUGGAAAAACAUAGUUUGAGUGAAUGGAUAUAGACAUUCUUAGUAUAAGGGCUCAUUACAUCUGUCUCUCCAAAAGUCAAUACACCACUGGGUGAAAUCUUUACAGAAGAUGCUUGUAGGUCACUGAUCUCAUUUGAGUGCAAUUAGAUAUGUAAAAAUUAUAGCACGAGUGUUUGUCACGCAUGACAAAAUAAUCUAUUUAUAUUGGUUUGAUUAUAUUGGAAUAUUUUAAAUUGAAUGUGUUUAUUUUCUAGUGAGAUAUUUAUGAUAAUCUGGGAGUUAUUGAAUGCAUUAACAUCACAUCAGCAGCAAAAUUGUCAUUUUUUGUACAUGUUAACUUUACAAAGGCAAUUUCAAUAUUUUUUUAUUCGUCAUUAACAGUGUUUGCAAUGUUCUGUGUUUUUAUAUGCGAGAUGUGUUUUUCAAAAUGGACCAAAGUCGAAUCUCAAUAUUCCAUUUAAACAGAUAGAGAUUCGUUGUGCUUUGAUGUCUAAUUCUUUCUGAUGGGUCAAUAUUUUUUGUAUAUUAAUAGAAUGCAAAACUAUUUUUGGACAAAAAAGUGCAUCUAGCUGUCGGUAUAAACAUUACCCACAGGGAUUAAGCCCAUUUUGACCCCAAAUUCCUCAUAACCAUAGAUCUUUAUUUAUUUACAGUUAUGGGGAGUUUUGGCUCAAAACAGGCUUAACACCUGUGACAUUAACUGUUAAAUAGACAUUCAAAAUAUUGGAGGAUAUUUUUUCCCCAGGAUCAUGUUCUGCUUUGAGAAAAAUAAAAGAUUCUUUGUUUACUUUUCCAAGUUUAAUAACAUGUUACCAAAAUAUGCAAGUCUGAUAAACUCAUAAUGAUAAUAAUACUAUAUUUAUUGAAUGUAAACCAGUUAGUGCAGGACACUAAUAUUCACCAAGCCAUUCAGGUUUUCCUGAUUAUGAUUUGGAAAAAGUCUCAUUUUUUGUUCCAUUUCCAUGUUAGAUGGUCCAUAUUAAUAAGUACUUAAUUAGUAUGUUAAUUUGUUUAAUUAUCUUCUGUUAUACACAGUUAUACAUGUGUUAAAUAGUGCUACAAAUUUAUCCUUGCAUUUGGGUAUUCAACUAGAGUGACAAAAACUGGGAGUUUGAAAAUUGUGUUUGUGAUGGAUUCAAAUAUAUCAGCAGUUGUUGAUUUAUUAUGAAAUAAAACAUUUAUAUUGAUAACUAUAUCAGCAGUUGUUGAUUUAUUAUGAAAUCAAACAUUUAUAUUGAUAACUAUAUCAGCAGUUGUUGAUUAAUUAUGAAAUCAAACAUUUAUAUUGAUAACUAUAUCAGCAGUUGUUGAUUUAUUAUAAAAUAAAACAUUUCUAUUGAUAACUAUAUCAGCAGUUGUCGAUUUAAUAUGAAAUAAAACAUUUAUAUUGAUAACUAGUAUAUCAGCAGUUGUUGAUUUAUUAUGAAAUAAAACAUUUAUAUUGAUAACUAUAUCAGCAGUUGUCAAUUUAUUAUGAAAUAAAACAUUUAUAUUGAUAACUAUAUCAGCAGUUGUCGAUUUAUUAUGAAAUAAAACAUUUAUAUUGACAACUAUA